AUGGCCACCUCCAAGCCCACCCCGUACGAUUUCAAGAUCGAGCCCAAUGUCGAUGCCCAAUUUCCUGCCGAGAAGGGUCGUUACCACCUCUACGUCACCUACUCAUGUCCGUUUGCCUGCCGUGCUCUCUCGGCCCGCAAUCUGCUGGGCCUGCAGGAUGUUAUCAGCAUCUCUGUAGCGCACUCCAUUUUCCAGAAGACCAAACCUAACGACGCCAGUGAUGAGCACAAGGGCUGGACCUUCGUGGACCCCGCCAAGUCCGCCACGAUGGUCGGCGCCAAUGGCGAGACGUACCCGACGGAUGACUGCGUGCCAGACACAGUGAUCCAUGUAGCGUUUGUGCGUGAUCUGUUUGAAAAGGUUGACCCGACGCCGCGUACAUUAUCGGUGCCUGUGCUGUGGGACAAGAAGACAGGCACGAUCGUGUCGGAGGAGUCCACCGGCAUCCUACGCACUUUGGACUCGGGCUUCCGUGAACUGGUGCCGUCAAACGUGCAUCUGUAUCCGGAGGAGCUGCGAGCAGAGAUUGACGCAGUCAAUGACGGAAUUGGUGCUGAAGUCAGCACGUAUUUCUACAAGAAGUUGGCCGCCCAGACGCCCGAGGCUGUCGCUGAGAUUGCGGUCAAGAUCAAUGAGGCGCUGACCAAACUGGAUGAGCUGCUGGCCAAAACGAGAUUCUUGGUAGGCAACAGCGUGACGGAGGCAGACGUGCGUCUGUUUCACACGCUCAUCCGACUGGACUCGUGGCAGCCGAAGACGGACAAACGUCUGACGGAAUAUCACAACGUUGAGCAGUAUCUGCGUGAGCUGUACCAGAUGCCCGAACUAAAGAGCACGGUAAACUGGUACCACGUAAAACUAGGCAUCAUCAACAAGGCUCCGCACGUAGCUGCGGAGGGCCCGUUCGUGGACUACGACGCGGCGCACGACCGCACUUUAGUAAGUGCAGCGUUGUGA